UAUCUUGUAAAGAAAACUGUUUGUCAUUCACGUAACUUUGAGAUGGGAGUGAUAAACGGAUCGUCGCUAUGUCUUCUGCUUUGCUUCUUUACAGCUUUUUACCUGUGUCAAGCGAAUCGGUAUCCAGAUUAUACAAAGCAUCCCUGUGCACGGCGCUGUGAGGUUGGUGAGCGUCCUAGGACCUGUGAGUACGACUUCAUACAGGAAUACUACUUUGUCCUCACCAAGGCCUGCUACGACUGCCCCUUCAACGCCACGGACUGCUACAGACCUCACUGUGUCUCCGGGAAUGGCGUCCGCCGAGCUAUCAUGACCAUCAAUCGCAUGUUGCCUGGACCAGCUAUCCACGUGUGUCACAAUGACACGAUCGUGGUGAAUGCGAAGAACAAAAUGGAAGGCGCAGAAGGGACGGCCAUCCACUGGCACGGUAUCUUCCAGCACGACUCUCAGAUCAUGGACGGGGUCAGCAUGUUGACACAGUGUCCAAUACCGGCCUACACGUCAUUCCAGUACAGAUUUAAAGCCGAAAAUAUUGGAACACAUUUCUGGCACAGUCACGCUGGAAGCCAAAGAGCGAACGGUGUAUUUGGGAGUCUUGUGGUGCAUCAGCCAGAUUCGACCAAUCCCCACGCGGCUCUCUACCAGCAUGACCUGCCUGAACACACUAUCGUCGUCCAUGAUUGGCUGAAAACACUGGCGAUGAACAAAUUUGAAGGUCACUACCUGGCGGGAUAUGACGACGAGCCACACUCGAUGCUAAUUAAUGGUCGAGGGACGUAUCACAAGUUCAUGGACCCAAAAACAAAUAAAACAGCUUACACGCCAAAAGCCGUCUUCAGAGUGACCAAGGGCCAGAACUAUCGGUUUCGGUUCAUCAAUCCGGGUAUCAUGGAAUGUCCCAUCCAGAUUUCUAUAGACAAUCACCAGCUGACGAUGAUAGCAUCAGACGGAGUUCCAUUCCUGGCAAAGGUUGUCGACUCGUUCAUAAUAUUCGCCGGAGAAAGAUUCGACUUUGUGCUCGAGGCUAACCAGACAGUCGGGAACUAUUGGUUACGGGCUCGCGGUCUGAAUGACUGCACGGGGAAGAAGACGAACCAGGCGGCCAUUUUGAGAUACGAAGGAGCAGACGAGACUGAUCCACCAGGAACAGUGGAUUAUGAAAGUGCAAACAGAGCUGGGUCGAUUUUCAAUCCCCUAAACCAGAAAGCCAAUUCGACAAUGAUCCAGAUGGCAGACCACGACACCAUGAUCGCCGAUGACCCGCGAAUGAAAGAGAAACCCGACAAGAAGUUCUACAUCACGAUGGACUUCUACAAGGUGAACAACGUCUACUACCACGAACCCGAGCUGUACCCCAUCAGCAGCGUGAGCGACGAGAUGCAGCUGUCCACUCCUCAGAUGAACCACAUCAGCUACAUGAUGCCGCCGGUGCCGCCCCUCACACAGUACUCAGACUUACCUGAGGUUGGUUUAACCACAAGACUUCCAAACACACCAUUCGCUCUUUGGCUUCCAGCGUGACUGUGCCAGAAAUGU